AUGGCAAUGCUAGCUGCAAAGCUUCUUAUGUUUCUUUUUCUAUCUCAGGGCCAACAUUGUUUAGCUGCUGGCCUGGAUAACUGUGUUUUCUUAGGGGAAGAGGGGAAAAACAGUCUGUACGAAGAAGGAGAUGUCGUUAUAGGGGGUUUAUUCCCUUUGCACUACAGCCCUGUGUCUUCCCUUCCAAAAUACAAAACAAAACCGAUGCCUAUUAAGUAUAAUUUCAGCUCUCGUGCCUUGCGCUGGAUGCUGACUAUGACUUUUGCAAUCAAAGAGAUCAACCAUCGCAGCGACCUCCUGCCACACCUGAAGCUGGGGUUCCACAUCCGUGACAGCUGUGAUGACAUACCUGUGUCUCUGAGUGCAGCCCUGCUGUUGGUGAACGGCCAGCCAGACGUGGGCAUCAGAGCUGAGAGUUUGAACAGGGACAAAGGUCUAGAAAGAAACAGUCAUUAUAAUUUAAGCUGUGCUGCGGCACAAACUGUGUCCCCGGUAAUCAUAGGAGAUGCUGCCUCUGGAGUGUCUAUGGCUCUGCUAAAAACCUUGGGUUCGUUCCAUAUCCCACUGGUGAGCUAUUUUGCAUCUUGCAGCUGUCUGAGUAACCAAAAGGAGUUUCCCACUUUCAUGCGCACCAUGCCCAGUGAUGCCUUCCAGAUCAGAGCCCUGGCCCGGCUGGUUAGCUAUUUUGGCUGGACCUGGGUUGGGGUCAUUGGUGUGGAAUCUGAUUAUGCUCGCUUUGCCAUUCAGCUUUUCCUGAAGGAGUCUGUGAAGUACGGUGUGUGUGCUUCCUACACUCACUUCUACCCUGUGGGCCUGAGUCAGCAGGCUCUAAAUGAGCUUCUGGAUGUUAUUCAGAUGUCAUCCUCAAAGGUCAUCAUUAACUUCAGUAGUGAGUCAGAGAUGCAGGGCAUUCUGAGAGAAGUCCGAUAUCGGAAUAUCACCAGCCUGCAGUGGAUCGCAAGUGAAGCUUGGGCCACUGCUAAAUCACUUUGGGAAAAGUUUGGAGAUCUGCUAACAGGAACACUAGGAUUUGCCAUCCGGAGAGCAGAUGUAAUUCCAGGUCUGAAACAACACCUCACCAGUGUCAGACCAUCCAAUAUUAAUGAAUCAGCUUUCUUGGCAGAAUUUUGGGAGGAGUUGUUUAACUGCAGAUUGAACGGAUCAGUGAACAACCACUCUCAUGGUGGUGUCGCCCACCUCAACAGAUUGCUAUGUAAAGGGACAGAGGAUUUAAAAGAUGUUUACUCUCCUUAUUCAGAUGUUACACAGCUAAGAGUGUCAUAUAAUGUUUACAAGUCUGUGUAUUUGGUAGCCCAUGCUUUGGAAGAUAUGAGUAACUGCAAAGUCGGACAGGGGCCUUUCCUUAAUCGCACUUGCGCAGACUUAAAGAAUGUUAAACCUUGGCAGCUCAUUCAUUACAUGAAGCGUGCAAAUUUCUCUGCACUUGGGGAGAAAGUCAAUUUUGAUGAAAAUGGUGACCCCAUUGCUUAUUAUGAUAUCAUGAACUGGCAAAGGAGGCCUGACGGUUCUCUACAUUUGGUAAAAGUAGGUUUCUAUGAUGCCUCCACGCCUGAUGGACGCAGCCUGGUCAUAAAUGAGUCAGUGAUUCAAUGGCCUGUUGGAAAGCAGGCUUUCCAGUCUGUGUGCAGCGUCAGUUGUCCUCCAGGUUCCCGCAUCGCCAGGAGAAAGGGGGAACCCAUCUGCUGUUUUGACUGUGUCCCCUGUGCUGAGGGAGAAGUCAGUAAUAAUACUGAUUCUUUAGAGUGCUCACGCUGCUCAGAGGACACAUGGCCCAAUAAAGCCAGAGAUAUUUGCAUCCCAAAGACUAUUGAGUACUUGUCUUACCAUGAGUUAAUGGGUAUUGUGCUGUGUGUUGUAU